GAUUGCGAAGAGGGCGUCCGGGCAGCCCUGGCGUUGAAGAGACUACAGGGCCUCCGACCGAGCAGCGUGCGCCAGCUCUUCGCGGCUACCGUGGCCCCGACGGUCGAUUAUGCCGCCCCAGUGUGGGCGCCAGCGAUUACAGCACCGCUGAUGAAGUCACUAGAGGCAGUGCAGAGAAUCGCGGGCAGAGCGAUCACCGGGGCGUUCAGGACGGUAGCGCUGCCCAUCCUCGAAGCCGAAGCAGCGAUUCUGCCGGUCGGGAUCCGCCUCCACCAGCAACUACUUCGAUUCUGGGUCAACUGCCACACGCUGCUGCAGAAACACCCGUUCUGGAAGCUGAAGCGCGCGAUCGACCCGGCCAACAAGAGGUUCGUGUCCCCGCUGCAGCGGAUCAUGCUGAUGGCUAGAGAAAUCGACGUCGAGCACCUCGAAACGAUCCGCCCGUUCGCGACAAUGCCCUGGGCCAGCAGGCCGGUCGUUCGGAUCGAGUCCCCAGAGGCAGCAAAACUCCGAGCCAGUUCUCCACCAGAAACAGAGGUCGCCAUCUUCACGCAUGGCUUGCGACGGAACGGAAAGGCUGGUAGCGGCAUCUUGUGCGUAGACGGCAGGGGCACGACCGUCGUCGCCCACUCGUCCACGGUCGGCAAGUCCGAGUCAGUAGACGGAUUAUUCACAGAGCUCCACGCGAUCCGGCAAGCCGUAGGACUAGUAUAUGGCACAUGGUCAACCGAGAUGGUGGCUAGAUUCCCCGAAGCGACCAAGGUAAAACACGUCGUCUACAGCGAUAACAAGACUGCCCUUCGUCUCCUCCACAAGCCUCGCCAAAUGGCACGCCAGGAAACCGUUGGAAGCGUUCUCCAGUUACUUGACCAGAUCAAAUGCAACAGGGGCCCGCCAGUCGAGUUCAGGUGGGUGCCUGCGCACCAAGGUAUUAAGGGCAACGAAAGGGCGCGUAGCUUAGCCCUGAAAGCCACGGAGAGCAGCCAAGAACUACUUUUAGACAAUCUACUACGGUCUUCAGCUAUGAUACGGUGUAAGGAAGUCACUUUGAGGUUGUGGAGGAAGACGUUUGAAGUUUCUAAGGCUGGCGAGUCCAUCUGCAAGCUCGACUGCGCGUUGGCGCACUUUCACAUUAAGAAGCUCUAUGACUAG